AUGACCCUGGAAUCAGUCGAGACCAUAAAAUUCUUUGGAAUCAACGAUGCCCGCUCAAGUGAGAUCUGGAAGCGAUGGGACCGAGUCACCUCUGACUUUGAGGAUGAUUUUGGGACUUUCGUGAGACAGCAUCUUCACAAUAUCGUCAAAGAGGAGAAAUGCGAUGACGGGCAUCCAGAUUCCGACUGGAACCCUGCUCUUCGCAAAAUCGGCGCAAAUGACGAUCUUCGUAAUGACCUUGUCGGACGUCCUGAAUUUGACGGUAGGCUCUUGUUGAAGAUACCGUCGCGAUUAUCCAGACUCGGGAGUCUAUUCGGCCAUUCUGCAAACCAGCCUAGAAAGUUCUCUACGGCAGGCGCCACAGUCUUUAGCAACGAUCACAAGCUGGAAGAAGAGAAUUGGGAAUGGUAUACUCCUGAUGCCUAUUUUCCAGUCCGAAUACGUCAGGUCUUUCAGUCUCAAUAUCAAGUCCUUGGAAAGCUUGGCUACGGAGCACAUCCUACAGCAUGGCUCAGUCGCGACCUGAAGGAAGGUAAAUUCGUCACACUCAAGGUUUGCGAGCGCGACAGCCUCUCUGCCGAGCGCGAAGUUGCGGCGUACGAACAUCUGAACUCGAUGAAGACUACGCAUCAAGGAGCCUUACUCGUCCGGGAGCUGUACGAUCAUUUUCAGAUUUCCGGCUCCAAUGGAGAACAAUUAUCAGCAGAUGUUUUGAAAGCCGUCUUAAAACAUCUACUGCUUGCACUUGACUUCUUACACACAGAAGCUAAGAUGGUUCACACAGAUCUCCAAGAAAGGAACAUACAUUUUCGCAUCGAGGAUCUUACUAUUCUAGAAGACUUCGAGAAGAUUGAGCAAGCUAGUCCGAGUGCCCGUAAGAUUGAUGGGGAUCGGAUCAUAUACGAGUCUCGAGGCCUUAGGAUGCCCAAGAGUACUGGACGACCAGUACUCUGUGAUUUUGGUGAAGCUCGUUUCGGCAAGUCGUCUUACACUGAUGACAUUCAACCUUACAUUUAUCGAGCUCCGGAGAUAAUCCUAGAUAUAGCGUGGUCCUAUCCUGCUGAUAUCUGGAAUGUCGGGGUCAUGGCAUGGGACUUGUUUGAGAGAUCGCAGCUUUUCAAUGCCCGGGGACCUGAUGGCGAACAGUCGAGCUUGUAUCAUCUGGCGCAGAUGGUUGCGAUCCUGGGACCACCCCCAAUCGAGUAUCUCCAACGCACUGAAACGUCUCGGCAACAUUUUGAGACCGACGGCACCUGGAAGGCUCCUGCUUCCAUUCCAGACAGGACACUAGAUACACUUGAAGGAAGACUUGAUGGGAAGGAGAAUAUAAUCUUCCUGGACUUCAUCCGCAAAAUGCUACAGUGGGUCCCAGAGGAACGGCACACGGCGAAGCAACUACUUGAGGAUCCCUGGCUCACUUCGGUAUGA